AUGGAACGGACAGCAUUUAAUUUAGAUACAUUGCUAAAGAAACAUGAGAAUCAAAUAAAUAAAAUAAAAAUUUUAUUGAAUGCAAAAAACAUAAAAGAUAAAAUCGAAGAUUCUAUAUUAAUAAGAUAUGUUCUUUCAUAUGGUGAUAAAUUAGAAGAAGCAGCCCAUUCAAUUGAAAAGGCUAUUUCCUGGAGAAACACGAAUAUAUAUCCUUUAUUAAAAAAUAAAAAAAUAAGUUUUAAAGAUGACAAUAUUAUUUUUCCAAUUAGAAUUAAACCAUAUUAUUCUUUCAUCAGAAAAGCAUUAGCAGCAUGUGAACAUAAAAAAACCAUAGAUAAACAACCCAUAGUAAUAGGCAGAUUAAAAUUAUGUAAUUUCACAUUAUUAUUAGAUAACGUACCUGAAAGUAUUCUAAUAGAUUAUAUUGUGUAUUCAAAUGAACAUGAGUUUUCAGCAUGUAAUGAACAGACCAAAAAAAAAAAUCUUCUCUGUCGAACAUUUCGUUUUAUUGAUUUAAAAGGAUUUAUGCUUAAGAAAUUUGAUAGAAGAUUUUUAAGGGUGUUUGCGAAUACGUCAAAAUUAUCUGAGUUCUUGCAUCCUCAGCUAGUUGGGAAGACGUAUUUAAUAAACGCUCCUUCAUAUAUAAGAAUUACUAUCGAGACGCUGAAAACAUUCGGCAUAAGCAGAAGAACAUUAAAUAAAUUAGAAAUCCCUAAAGUUAUUUCGAACAAGAAGCCAGCUGACUGUGAAUGGUUUAAUGAGCUAGUCGAUAAAAAUGAUAUACCCUCUUAUUUAGGCGGUAACUGUAAGUGCAAAAACGGAUGUAUUCCAGGGUUUGAUAACGACUUAGAAGACCCGUUAGACAUAAAUCCAGAAGAAAUAAAAAAUGAAAUUAAUAACAACUUAUUAAAAUUAAAUAUGGACAGUUCGUGA